AUGUCUGGGAAUAUGGAAUCAGCUGGAAUCACUGAGAACCACUGGGAUCUGGAAUUCCUGGGAAUCUGCAGGCAUAGGGAAUGGCCAGGAAUAAUGUGGAUGACGUUGAAUCGUUGGGAGGGUCUGGGAAUAAUUGGAAAUCGCAAGCAGCAAUCAGGAAAAUCCAGGAGCCACCGGAAACAACGGGGAAUCACUGGAAACCGGGAAUCACUGAGAAUGUCCGGGAAUAGGGAGUCACCAGGAAUCACAGGGAAUCUGGGAUCAACGAGAACCAGCCGCAAUGACUGGGUACAACCGGGGAUCACUGUGAAUCCACGGGAACCGGGACCCGAGCUCGGGAUCGCGAUCCCUUUGAUGUGCCGCUUGGUCCUUUCAAUCCUCCAGUUGGCAGUGAACUUUGAGAACUGCAGGAAGAAAUGGAAGUGCGCUGAGGACGAACUGGUGGCCUCUCGGAGUCAGCUGGCAAAGGUCGAGCUUGAACUGACUGCCCUCAAUGUGAGGUUCAAGCAUGCCUGUAACCAGCUGGAUGUCGAGUUGAGGAGGAGACACAAGGCAGAGCUAGCCUGCGAGCAGCUGGAACACAGGCUGCAGUUGGUUCAUGACCUACUGAAGAGCGAAGCUCCUGGAGCAGUGUUGCUCGGUGAAGAUCGACAGAAUCUCCUCCAUGCUCUGGCUGGACACACUCGGCCUGAAGGACAGGCCAGCACCAGGUCGCAGGCUGUUGAUGAAACAGUGACCUCCAACUUCUCCUGUUCCAGCAUCAGUUAUGACAGGACACGUGAUGAGACAUUGGAUUUGAAUAUUUCUGCACUGAAGCCAACAAAACUGAAGAACCGGGAUAAACGGGGCAGUGAUACAAUGGACAGUAAAGCAGGAAGUGAGGGGGAUGUUUGCUGUGGCAGCCCAAGGGGAUUAGCUCGUCAACGGCAUGCUGACUGGAACAGAAGAUGCACCUUGUUGGCAGAGCAGAUUCCCGAACAACAUGCUGUGGGGAGCGUACAACAGGUAGAGACCGCUCCAGGAUCCGCAACACCAUCUCCCGACCCAUUCACAACUCCAGGGAGUGUACCCCAGGCCAGGACGCACGCUUUCAUCUCUAAAACGGUCAUUAUGCCGGAGACAUGUGUUCCCUGUGGGAAACGGAUCCGAUUUGGGAGAAUGGCUCUGAAGUGUCGCAGUUGCAGUAUUGUCACCCACGUGAGCUGUAAGGAGCGAUGCCCUGCAAUCUGUUCACCCAACUUCACCACAAUCUCCAUUAAAAAUGGUGAGGGAACGGUUGGAGAUUUUGCCCCGCAGACUGUUCCCAUGAUUCCAUCUCUUGUCAUUCACUGUAUCAAUGAAAUUGAACAGAGGGGGCUCCAGGAGCCUGGCAUUUAUCGGGUACCUGGCGGUGAACGGCUUGUGAGGGAGCUAAAAGAGGGUUAUGUACGAGGGAAAGGUCUGCCCUUACUCAGUCGAGUCUCCAAUGUUCAUGUGGUGUGUGGGCUGCUGAAAGACUUCCUCCGAAAACUGAAGGAGCCGCUGGUGACGUUCAAACAGCACCCGACAUUCAUGGCACUGUCAGAUCUCCCGGAUGAGCAGAGGAACAAGGACCUCUGUCGUGCUGUGAGUAGCCUGCCUCGAGCUAACCGUGACACGUUGGCCUUUCUCAUGGUGCAUCUACAGAGGGUGAUGGCCAGCCCAGGAUGUAGAAUGGACAAACAGAACCUGGCCAGAGUGUUUGGCCCGACCAUUGUGGGUCACUCCAAUCCUAACCCCAACCCUCUGGAGGUCUUUGAGGAUACAAAACGGCAACCAAAGGUGAGUAUCUGAUUCCUCUCACUCCCUGUGCUCCUUUUUGGGGAGGUUGCUCAGGGCCUUGGCUAG